GAGUUCCUCCAUGGAGCCUGGAAGAGCUUGGCCGAGGAACACUUCCACAUCACCAUCAUACGGGGUGGUCUGAGCAACAAGCUCUUCCUGUGCAGCCUCCCCGACAGCCAGCUCUCUGUCGGGGACGAGCCGCGGAGCGUCCUGCUGCGCCUCUAUGGGGCCAUCCUGCAGGUGGGAAACACAUCUCUUAUCACUGUCUUUGACAAAGCCUGUUGUUUUACUGUGCAAACAGAGAGGUACAAGUAAGCCAAACCCUUCACAAUGAUGUGUUGUAUCUUAUAAACUAGUCUGCUGAGGUAUUGUGGAGUUAUCAGUCUAAAUGUUUACUGCUCUGAAUGAGGAUGAGUGUUGAUACUGCACACAAAAGUAAAAUCAUACGCUGUCGUUGUAAGAAUGUUUGACUUGACACAGAUAUGACUCAUUAAGUGGGGUCAAAGCUUGAGUUAAUAAUCAGAGAAAACAAAGAUAAUACUGAGAACCAUGUGAUUUGACAGUGCCACCUCCAGAGGUUAUUGUUUGUGUGUGUGUGUGUGCGUGCGUCUGCAGUUCAAAUGCUUAUGUUGGUGUGUGUAUGUAUGUGUGUGUGCGCGUGUUAGCCAUUGUUGUACAUAAUGAUGUACCCCCAUGGCUGUACAUGCAUGUGUUCUUUGCCGUAGGCUUCCCAAAGGAGCGUGCCUUGGGCACUCUUGUUCCCAAUGUGAACCCACCAAAAAACACGAUGUCCUGUAAUAAAGGGGAUUCCCGACAGUCAAACAAAGAAAAUCUCUUCCAAGGGGCGGAGGCCAUGGUGUUGGAGAGUGUGAUGUUUGCUAUCUUGGCAGAGAGGGAGCUUGGACCUAAACUAUAUGGCAUUUUCCCUCAGGGCCGGCUGGAGCAGUAUGUCCCUAGUCGUAAACUGGACACCUGUGAGUUAAGCGACCCCAGCAUAUCAGCAGAAGUUGCAGAGAAGAUGGCCAAGUUUCAUGUAAUGAGAAUGCCCUUCAACAAGGAACCCAAGUGGCUGUUUGGAACCAUGGACAAGUACCUGAGCCAAGUCAUGAGGCUGAACUUCACCAGAGAGUCCCACCUGCGCCGCUACAACCGCCUGCUCAGCUACAACCUGCUGCAGGAGAUGGAUCUGCUCAAGUCUCUGCUGGAGUCCACACACUCUCCUGUCGUGUUCUGCCACAACGACUGUCAAGAAGGAAACGUCCUGCUGCUGAAUGGCCGCCAGAGCUCAGACAAACAGAAGCUAAUGCUUAUUGAUUUUGAGUACAGCAGCUACAACUACAGGGGAUUUGAUAUUGGCAAUCAUUUCUGUGAAUGGAUGUACGACUACAACUGUGAGGAGUUUCCUUUCUUCAAAGUCAAUGCUCAGGCCUAUCCUUCAAAGGCCCAGCAGCUGAUCUUCAUUGAAAGCUACCUGUGUGAGUCUGACCAAGGUUUUCACAACCUAAGUGAAGAGGACCAAAUGAGGCUGAUGGAGGAUCUGUAUGUGGAGGUCAACAGGUUCUCCCUGGCGUCCCACUUUUUCUGGGGUUUGUGGUCCAUCAUCCAGGCCCGGCUAUCCACCAUCAAGUUUGGAUACCUGGAUUAUGCCCUGGCCAGAUUUGAUGCCUACUUCCAGCAGAAGAAGAUAUGGGCUAACGGAGCAAAAUAAAUAGAUGGACUGACAUCCCAUUCAGCCAAACAGCAGGUGGAGCACAUGCAGGCUGAUGGAGACUUCACCAUCCGCGCUUCACUUAUAUUCCAUGCCUCGACAGAGUUGCUGGCUGGCUGGCUGGCUGCUGUUGGUGUUGUAUUGACCAAAGCCAAAACUUGAUCACGUGGCUAAGUGCUUAAGGUACGCCCCAAAAUCUAUUGCAGCUCAAAGUUUACACUGUGUAACUCACUGAGAGCCAAAAAAAAACACUGACUACUUACCUUCAUCCCUUGUCAGAACUGCUGUCUGCUUCUGCCUUUUUUCGAACCAUUUUACUAACACAAGGGUUUUGAGCAGGAGAGAGGUGGGAACAGCUAGAUUUGAAAUAUUAACAUUGCAUCAAUGUAAAUGUAUUGAUCAUUCCCUUAUGGAAAUGUUCUGCUGGGAAUAACCAAAAUGUGAACUUUGCUUGGUAGAUUCCUGCUUACUAUAGCCGCCAGUUGCCAACUAUGUAUAUUAUAUAUAGACCCCCAAUGUGCCAGUAAUCUGGCCUUGUCUGUUACUGAUGGUGAAAUCAUGACUUGAUUUACAGGUCAGGUUGAAUCUACACUUAUAGGUAUUACACUUGCUGUUUAUUUGAUUUUAUUUGUUUAAAUGGUUGCAUAAUAAAUGUUAUUCAGGCCAGGGCAAAUAUCGGAAUCGUGUACAUUUUCAAGUAUGUGAAUAUUUGAGUUCCCUUUUCUGGGUAGCUUCUUAACUCCACCAAAUCAAAAAAAUCAAAAACAUGAAUUUCAGGUAUUUCCAAUAAAUUAGAUCUGUUUAUCUUUGGAUUCCUAAAGAGUUAAAAUGUAUGGUAUUUUUAUAAAUCACUGUGAAGUAGAUUCAUAUCUUCAUGUAGUUUACACAUUAACAUUUGCAUUGUCUGCUUUGGCGAAGACAUUCCAGCCAUGCUUUAUAAGCUUUGGAAAGUGUUGCUUAACACUAGGGAGCUAACUGACCAUAUAUUUGUUUUUUUACUUUUAUAUAUUAUCCAUGAUUUGAAGAAAACAUCACACAGUUCACAUAUGAAUGGUAUCUUUUUGUGUUAAUUGAUUCUUUAGGGAUGUCAUGGGUCAUUGUACCCAGACGUACCCAUCCAGAAUAAUGACACAAACGCUCACAUCAUACUGCACAGCUGACCAGCUCGAUUCUACCUCACCGCACCAAGUCAUUAUUUGUGCUCCAACUAUGCUAUUGUUCACAGAUUGACAGAUUCAUCAAAUGAUGCUAACAGCCUUCUUUUGGCAUUUAACCACAUACAUAUCUUGAAUUUCAGUUUCUGGGCACCAUCUAAUUUUUGUGAUUAUUCUUUUUGUCCUGAUCAGUAUUCCUCUUUCCACCCAAAUUAGGGUCAUUAAAAGCGAGCCUGUUUGCUCUCCAUUUCAGUAGCAGUGCUUUUAAGACCUAAUUCAUGAAUGCUAUAUGUGACAGUAAAGCUUUUCAUGCUAAAACAUAUGAUCUAGCAUACAGUAUAACAUGUGGAAGGUGCAGGAUCUGGUUAAAGAAAAGAACAAAAUUAGCCUAUCGCUCAGCAACCCUUUUAGCAACUGUAGCUGAUGCUCAAGCUUUCUUUUCAUUUAAAAUCCAAACAGGAGAUUAAACACUAAUAUAAUAAUUGUUAUUAUAUAUAUUGUUAAUUGUUUUAAUUUUAGAAUUGAUGGUUCUCUAAAGUCAGAAAGUUGUAGAAUGAAGCACUUAUUAGCUAGGGUCCAUCGAUUCUGAUUACAUUAAUGACAACUGAUGCGAGCCGAUUUGGCUAGCUAGCUAAUUUGGCUAAGGAUUUUUUGGAAAUGCUAUUUCUGGCUACGGCUAACUUGUUUUAGUACAAUAACCCCUGUAAAAAGGGGUCCUAAUAAUGUACUUGAAAGCUACACACCUCCUAAUGAUGCAUGUAUAGACAUUUAAAAAAGCAGCAAUAUAAGAGAAAAUACCCUUAUGACUUUCCUAAAGUUAGCCUACAUUUAGCAUCCAAGACUAGCUUCCACCCAGUGAGGAGAUAGCCCAUGAUCCAUAUGCUAGUUAUAAACAUGACAUAACAUAAUUCUCCAAACUCCGUAAACUGAUUAUAACUCUAACAACAACAGUUGCUAAGCCAUGGUUGAACAUUCACUGUUUGGGGUUUAGCAAAAAGCCAUUUAAAAGCUUAAUAUCGUCUGGUAACACUCAAGUGGAUAGCCUACUUGUUGCCGCAAAUUAUAUGAUACACAGACAAAAAGUUGUAUAACCACCAUAAAGGCUGACUUGUAGCAUCAUAUAUACAUCAGGGUAUCUCUGUCUACCUGUGAGCACUAAGACAUUGUAUGGAAGCCACACAAUGACUCUGGUGUAGUGUACAGUAGUAAUUGGCUCACCUCUUGUUAGAAUGACUACUGUAACAGAGCUGAGGGAAGUGAGCUGGAUCAUGAAACUUAACAAGACACUACUCUAGUCACCUCAAAGUGGAACAAUCCAGAGGUGUUUGAAUGUCGACUAAGGCACUUUUGAUUUUAGGACCGGAAAUAUCUAUAUAAAAAAUAACAAUAUGUACUUGAGUGUUUUCAUGUGAGGGUUAUCGAAUUGUGAAUGUUGUUGAGAAGGGUUUAUUUGACUUGCAAAUGUAUUUGUAUGUUUAUUUUUAUUGUUAUAUUUUGUUUUCAAUGUGUUUCAUGUUUAGUUUGGAAUUUUUAUUGAUAUUCAAUGGGAUUAGGGAUAUUCUAGCAGCUGAAUGUGCAGAGGAAGAUACUGGAAGUGUUACUGCUACAUCCCUUCUGUAGCAAUAGACUAUUUGAACAUAAUUGCAUUGCUAGGCAACAGCUUGGGUCCAUGACUACUACCUGUCAGAUGAAGUCUCCAAAUACCCUGCGACAGGAAAUUAACUGGGAUACAUUUAGAAUGUUAUGUUUACAACUGUAAAAUGUUUCAAAACCAUCUUGUUUUUGUUGUCCUUUACCAUUAUUUUAUAUAUUUGUUAUGGUAGAAAUGGACUCUACAAUCUGUAACUAUAGUACAUUCCAUAAUUAUUGCUUCACCUUCAGUAUUGUGUACACUCCACCAAAAUCACAAAACUUUUAAUGUUUUAUUUUUCAAUCAAAUUCUAAUUGGUCAUCGGUAGAAAACAAACAUUGUCUCUUGAAAUUGAAUGGAAAUUGACUAACAAAAGUAUAGAUAGUCAUGCUAAAAAUAUCCAAAAUAUAAGGACAAAUGUGUUACAUUAUCAUUCCUAUCAACAUGUUAAUGUAAUACACCUAAUUUUUGUUUAAAACACAUUCUGUUCUGUGAUAGCACCCACAACUAUCAUGUGACCCACAGUGGUGACCGUUGCUAUCUAUCUAGCUACUCUGAAUGAAUAUGUACUCAGAUGAUGGACUAUCAUUUGUAAAAAAAAAGGUUUCGUGUGACCUGCUGCAGCAUUGAAAUUAUCUUGGCUGUAAAUGAUAUUUUCUGCUUUGCACAAACAAUGAUUAAAGUGAAAACAACUGACAAA